AUGCAAUACAAAAAGACUAUAACUGCCGCUGCUUUAGCCACCACUGCCAUGGCUGUCUAUGCUCCAUCUGAGCCUUGGACUACUUUAACUCCAUCCGCUACUUAUUCUGGUGGGUUAACUGAUUAUGCUUCAUCUUUCGGUAUCGCCGUUCAACCAAUUACAACUGGCAUCGCUUCUGCUGCUUCUUCCGUUGCUAAGAGAGCCGCUGCUGUCUCCCAAAUCGGUGACGGUCAAAUCCAAGCUACUACAAAGACUACCGCCGCUGCUGUUUCUCAAAUUGGUGACGGUCAAAUCCAAGCUACCACCAAGACUACCGCCGCUGCUGUUUCUCAAAUCGGUGACGGUCAAAUCCAAGCUACCACCAAGACCACUGCUGCCGCCGUUUCUCAAAUUGGUGACGGUCAAAUCCAAGCUACUACAAUGACUACUGCUUCCAAUGAAAAGACUACCACUUUAGUCGGUUCUAAAUCUACCUCUGCUUCAACUUCUUCUACUGCCAGUGGUGCUUUAUCUACAAACCCGGUCACUGCCGAAGCUUGUCUAAAUGACUCCACUUUAGCUAUGACCAUCAAAAAAGGUGAAUUAACUGACUCCAAGGGUAGAAUCGGUUCUAUUGUAGCCAACAGACAAUUCCAAUUCGACGGUCCACCACCACAGGCUGGCGCUAUCUACGCCGCCGGUUGGUCUAUCACUCCAGAAGGUAACUUGGCUUUAGGUGACUCCGAUGUCUUCUACCAAUGUCUAUCCGGUAACUUCUACAAUUUAUACGACGAAUCCAUCGGUGCUCAAUGUUCUCCGGUUCAUUUGGAAGCUAUUGACUUAGUCAGUUGUUAA